CAAACGGGGCCGGGGCGAAACGGGGGACAAAAAGGCGUCUUCUCGUUUCAACAUUUGCAACAUUUUGACACCAAGCGUUUAAAAAAAAGAGCCCAAAAUCCGCGUUAAAGCGAGAAGACAACGAAGUAAAGAACCGCCGACUGAACCCGCCCCGGCGAGAAAAAAGGAUAAACGAACACAGAUGUCAGCGGAUUUCUCCAUCGCAUUGGGAAGAUAAGACAUUUCGGCUAAUUUACAUUUUUAAAAAAUGCCUGGUAAUAAAUCGCAGCUAAUCAUAUGACGCUCCCUCUUUCUGCCGUCUGUCCUUUAAAUAGAUAGGCAUGCAACAUUUAAAUAAAACCCGCAGGUCUAACAGACAGCUCCUGCUUUCUUCGUGAGUGUGCAGAACAAUGAACAUGGAGCCCAAGUAGUCUCAUAUAGGCAGAUAUAAGUGUUGCAAAUUGACAAAUAGGCAAAGAUUACUUGAGGUUACAUUUGCUCCACGGUUGCAGUCUGGAUACUCGGUUCAGGAUAUCGGUUUUAGCACACAAAAAGCAUCUCAUUGGGCGUUGAAAGAUUGAUGUGCAGCUCACAUUGGGAAGGGAAACGACCUCCGAGCUGGUUGGAAUAAGGGUCCCUGUUUCUGCCCCAGACACCGAGUUUCCAUGGAGGCAGGUUCGUCCCUCAGCCUCAAACGACGAUAUGAAGAGGUGGACAACAGCUCUCCAUUCUCUACACCUAAGGACUCCGACGAUGACAUCUCCAGCAGUGACAGCGCUGACAGCUGCGACAGCCUCAACCCUCCUUCCAGCACUGCAUUUACCCCCACCUCCAUCCUCAGACAGCACAAGCCGUCACCGGGGGGGAAACGGGUACGCUUUGAUGUGGUGACGGUGUAUUACUUCCCCCGGCGGCAGGGAUUCACCAGCGUGCCCAGCCAAGGGGGCAGCUCCCUGGGCAUGGCCCGUCACCACUCCUCCAUCAGACACUACACGCUGGGCGAGUUCGCCAGAGAACAGGAAACGAGCCACCGGCACACUCUGCGACAGCACCUGCGGCAAGAGAAGCUCAACGCCCGCAAGAUGAAGCUGACGAGGAACGGCACAGUGGAGUGCGCCCAGGCCGACCUGCUGACUCUGGAGGACGUGUCAGAUGAGGACCUCGAUGUGGACGGGGUGGAGGUGGACGACUGUUUCUUCCUUCAGCCGCUACCCACAAAGCGCCGCAGAGCCCUGCUGCGAGCCUCUGGCAUCGCCCGCAUAGAUGCUCGGGAGAAAGCCGAGCUCCGAACCAUCCGCCUCUCUCGGGAGGAAUGCGGCUGCGACUGCCGCUUGUACUGCGACCCUCGCCACUGCGGCUGCAGCCAGGCCGGUAUAAAGUGCCAGGUGGAUCGAAUGUCGUUCCCAUGUGGCUGCUCUCGGGACGGCUGCGGCAAUGUUGCGGGCCGCAUCGAGUUUAACCCCUUACGCGUCCGAACUCACUACCUGCACACCAUCAUGAAGCUGGACCUGGAGAAGAGGAGGAUGCUGAUUCAAGGGACUGGGGACCAGUACGGUGAAUCUGACAACAUGUCCUCCCCCUCCUCCACCUGCCCCACCUCCCCGGACCUAUCCUCGGUCACCGGCCUGGACUCUGAGCUGGAGGAGAGUGAGGUGCAGACAGUGGUGGAGGUUCAGGAUCUCCUGGCGGAGCAGGACAUUCUGGAGCGGGAGAACGAGACCGCCGUGCUGCACCUGCAGAGCGCGGAGGAGCAGGAGAGGAGAGAGAGGGAGGAGGCGGAGGGGGAGCAGGAGCUGGGCGCUGGGAGUCUCACUGAGCAGCCGCUCUGCCUCCUGCCUGCUGCUUUAGGAGGGGAGCAGGCAGAGGUGCCAGGUGUGGAGCAGGUCCUCCUGCAGGGGCCGUUCCCCACAGGGGCCACGGUGCUCUGCAUCACUGACAACCAGGAGGAGAGCCCCUCCAACCUCCUCAAAGACUCCACCUCUCUGCUCUACUAUCAGCUCAGUCCCAUAGAGCCGGGAGCCUUUGAGACCCUGCCCAGAGCGGAGGAGGCCGAACAAGAGGCGAGAGAACAAGAUUCAGGAGGAGGCGAACAGAAACAAGAAGGAGGAGAGGAGUCGAAGCCCGAAGAGAUCACCUGCAGGCAGAGUUUGGGCAAGCCUUUGCCCAAUGUGAUUCUGUGCUCGGAGGAACGCGUGGCGGCGGUGGAGGAGCGGCCCUCGAGUCCCCAGCAGAGCCUCCCAGAGGCGCAGUGCCAACGGGAGCCGUGCUCGGAGGGAGAUCCACUGCCUCCUGAAGUUUAGCUCUAGCUUCUCUGCAGAUAUUUUGCACAAUAGCUUCAUCUAAGAUGAAAAAAAUUCACAUUUAUUCCAGCUAUCAUUGAGAAUAAUUACAGGUUGCAAUCCUUUGUAGUGACUGUCAUGAAUUAUGUGAGCGUGAGAUACAUGAGGGAGGGGAGCUGCUGAAAGCACACACAGAUCACUCCCUGGUAGGAAUAUGGAUGCAGUUACAAGGAAACAUUGUAAGUAAUUCUGUUGGGGGUGAUGAAUGCGGCCUUAAUGGAAAAACAUAAAAACACUUGUGUGUAGGAGUCAUUUGUGGAUGAGAAAGUACAGCAAGUAGCGCUUUGUUAAUUUCCAACGUAGCGAACAGAAAUGUGUGAAUGCUGACAUAAGCCUUUCGUUUGGUGAUGUAUAAAGCUAUCAACACUAAACACAAAUCGUUUUGCAAGAAGCUGGUGAAUUUAGAUACUCACUUUCCAUUACGGCAAACCAGUGCUGUAGUCAAGCCAAAUGAAGGCGUCUGAUAGUACCCUCCGCUGAAAAUAGACCUAAUAAUCCUGGAAAUACUUGUUUUUGUGUACUGUAUAUGCAUUUGCAACGUGCAAGACGGAGCCGAGGUUGCUGCUUAGUUUUUUAACGCACAUUGUGAACUGAGGGCAGCGUGUUGUGGCUCUGCUGUGAUGAAGGUAAACCAACACAGAGCGGCAGACUGACACUGGCCUUAGAUGUUGCUCUCGCUCACCUCGGGCUGCUCGUGCAAAUGCAGCUGAUUUGUCAACAGAAACCUAGUUUACCUGUAGUUACAACGCCUAUGAUAUUAUUUCUUUGAGUAACGUGUCUUUUGUGGAUUAGAUACUGUUGGUUUGACGUCCUCGCGGUCUUUUGAGUGAAAGGAGAUUUCUUUCAUACUGCUACACUGUACCGCCGUGUAGUCAGUCACGUCAUGUUAAGAUGAAAACCCGGAGAGAUCCUCCCAUUCGUCUUCUCUUUUAAAGGGAUAUUUCAAUUUUUUUUUGAAGUGGGGUUGUAUGAGGUAUUUAUCCAUAUUUGUUGUGUUACGUAGGGUAGACGUUGGUCUGCACGCCCCCAGUUUUGAGAAGCAGGCUAGAAUAUGACACGAAAGCUAAGCAACGUCCUGCUGUGGACAGAGGGCAGCAUAGAAACAUUUUUAGCCACAGAACAAUAGUCCCACCCAAAAAUAUAUAUUACAUUUUAAUUGUAUGUUAUAUUGAGAUUAUUUUCAACAGAGCUGAGCCGAAUUUUCAAGUCUGUGUUAUAAGACAGCUGGCAGGAUGGGACUGUAGGCUGGACGCAGGGUUUCCGCAGACCCUUAAAAUGUCUUAAAAGGCAUUGAAUCCAUUAAUCUAAAAAUGAGACCUUAAUUCGUUAUUAAAUCAAUCUUUCAAAAGUCUUAAAAAAGCAGAUUUUUUAAAAUUGUUUGUUACUUUUCAAAGUAACAAUUAACUUUAAUAAUAAUAAUAAACUUUAUUUGUAUGCAUCUUCACAUGGAUAAAAGCCACCGAUAAUAUUAGUAAAAGUAAGAUCAAAAUAAGGAUAAAAAUAGAAAGUACAGAAUGCAUGACGUAAGAUUAAUUGAACUAAUUUAAAUAAAAAUCUAAAAAUAAAGCUAAAAAUAGAGUGUAUGAAAUGCAUUUAAAAUUAAAUGCAGUUAAUUAAACUAACAUCUUAAAGAGUUGCAGCAGCGUGUAAAUGAAGUUAAAUGCAAAGCAGUUUAGUCAGAGCGAGUUAAAGGCUGAAGUGAAGAGAUACAUUUUUAGGUUUUUUUUAAAAAAUAUGAAGCGGGGUGGCUUCUCUGAUAUCUAAAGGCAGCGUGCUCAGGAGCUUUGGGAAGUAACUGACAAACGCUGCAUCCCCAGUUUUCUUUUGGCUGUUUUUGGGAACCGCCACUAAACCAGCUGCAGAUGAUCGCAGUGCUCAUGAAGGCAAAUGAGGAACAAGUGAUAUUAAAUCACUGUUUUUCUAAAUGGAGUCUGGCUGCCGUUCCUCACCAGAAAUAGCCGCCUGAGGUUAAAUAUCAUGUACACUUAAACUGAUAUAAAUUUAUUUUAGGUGAAACUUUGUUUUAGGUGGCUAAAAACAUAUUUUGUUGUGGUCCCCGUACACAGUAGUACAUUGUUUCGCUUCCACGUUGAACUCCUGCCUGCUUUUCCAAACUGGACGUGCCGACUGACAUCCACUGUGUAUAAUCCACUGACGAAGGAUAAGUACCUGAUACAGCUCCACUUCAAAAGAUCCAAACUUUCCCUUUAACGAGUCAUACUGUGAGGAAGAGAUGAAACAAGUCAAAUGUCAUAUGAAGAAAAUAGCAUUUAAAGAGUCAAAGAAAGUAGUUAUACAAAAUGAUGUGAUGUUACUAAUUUAUAAAACAGAUUGACCUGAAUUUGUAUAUUUUAUGUUCAAUCUGCUACAGUGUGUGUGUGUGUAUGUGUGUGUUUGUGUGUGUGUGCCUACUUUACAUUAGCGCGUCUAUGUGAGAGAGAAAGUUGUGUGUGCAUGUACACGUUGUAUGAACUAUUAUGAAAAAGGGGAGCGGGGCUGGGGGAGUAUAUUAGUGAGGAUACAUAUUUUAUUCCUGAAAAGGUGCUGAUGUUACAGAUUUACAAUUCACUGAUUUUUCUCCCCGCCAUCAUGAGAAAUACGAUUUCACGGAGAUGUUUCUCGAUGACUGAUCUUAAGAAGUGUCAGAGAGCCUCGUUUAGGAACGCAAUAGCUACUGCACUGCAAAUCAUUAAUGUGGCGAUUCUGGAGGAAUGAGGAGUUUUGUCAUGUAAAUGCAAUCGUAUAACAUUUUCUGUCUUUAAAUGUCUUUUUUAAGCAAUGUCUGAUUAAUACUGAUCUUCGUAAGUGUGCCGACUCCUCUUACACAAAGCCAGUCCUUUGUUCUGUCGCCUAAAAUUACAGCUGUUGCGUUCAGUGACGGCUCGCCGAACACAGGACGUGCUGCCGUGUAUGAGGUGUCUGAUGUGUUUCUUUGCCUUUUUUUUAUUGUCUUAAUAUAAAUCUGCUUAAGAGUUGCACCAAAGCAGUGGUUUCAAACCUAAUUAGAUGAUGCUUUCAACCAUCAGAUUUCAACAAAGCGGUCUCCUGUACUUAUUGUGAGGCUUUUAGAUUUACUGUGGCCCUUUGUGUUCGCGUGACUCGCCUUGACAUCUUCAAAGUGAUGAUGAUUAAAAGCUGCCUAUUGUUGAGCUUUUUUGUCCUUGGCUUUCUACUAAUAGACUUUAGGUUUGGGACCACUGCAUCAAAUUAACUCCAGUACACUAUGUGAUUGUGUGUUUCUCUGUGUGAAAGAGGUGUGUGAUUGUGGAGAAGACUGACAAGUUUAGACUUCAUCUAAGAGCUGUGAGAGCGACUCUCAUGCUAACUGUUGCCUAAAGUGGACAAAAAGGUUUUUUUAUACAAAAAUAAAAACAA